AAAAAAAAAAAAAAAAGAAAAGGAAACCGGAGCGAGGAGAGCGCAGGGGAGAGAGAGGGAGACAACACUGACCGGGUAGCUAUGGAGAUAGUAGGUUUUCCUGGUAGCUUUCUUUGACAGGUGUCGAGUGGGAUAACGUAAAGUACCAGCGCGGCUUCCAAGAUGUACGGCAAGGGCAAAGGAGCUGUGGUCCCCUCCGACAGCCAGGCGAGAGAAAAGUUAGCGUUAUAUGUGUACGAGUACCUGCUACAUGUGGGAGCACAGAAGUCCGCACAGACCUUCCUGUCCGAGAUUCGAUGGGAGAAGAAUAUUACAUUAGGGGAGCCCCCUGGAUUCCUUCAUUCGUGGUGGUGUGUAUUCUGGGAUUUGUAUUGUGCGGCUCCAGACCGAAGGGAGACAUGCGAGCACUCCAGCGAGGCCAAGGCCUUCCAUGACUACAGCGCAGCGGCAGCGCCCAGCCCAGUGAUGGGCAACAUGCCCCCCAACGACGCCAUGCCAGGUGGUCCCAUGCCCCCAGGCUUCUUCCAGGGACCACCCGGCUCUCAACAGUCCCCCCACGCACAGCCCCCCCCACACAACCCCAGCAACCCCAUGAUGGGACCCCAUGGCCAGCCUUUCAUGUCACCGCGGUAUCCAGGUGGACCGCGCCCCGCACUCCGAAUGCCAAAUCAGCCUCCUGGGGGAAUCCCUGGAUCUCAGCCGCUCCUGCCAAACAGUUUGGACCCAACAAGACCGCAAGGACAUCCUAACAUGGGUGGACCAAUGAGAAUGAACCCUCCUCGAGGAAUGGCCAUGGGCCCACAGAACUAUGGAGGCAUGAGACCUCCUCCCAACUCUAUGGGUGGUCCCAUGCCAGGAAUGAACAUGGGUCCCGGAGGAAGAGGGCCUUGGCCAGGACCUAAUGCGAACUCGAUAGCGUACUCCUCCUCAUCUCCAGGAAACUAUGUGGGUCCUCCAGGAGGAGGGGGUCCGCCAGGAACUCCCAUCAUGCCCAGCCCAGGUGAUUCAACCAACUCCAGUGAAAACAUCUAUACAAUGAUGAAUCCAAUCGGACCAGGAGGCAACAGACCCAACUUCCCUAUGGGACCUGGGCCUGAUGGACCUAUGGGAGCCAUGGGAGCCAUGGAGCCACACCACAUGAACGGAUCACUAGGGUCUGGGGAUAUGGAUGGGUUGCCAAAGAGCUCUCCUAAUAACAUGGGGGGCAUGAACAACCCUCCUGGAACGCCGAGAGAUGACGGCGAAAUGGGCGGGAACUUCUUGAACCCAUUCCAAAGCGAAAGUCCUUCCGGGACAGCCCUCGAGCAUGCUGGGACUCUAAUUAAGACGGGCCCCCCCGGAGCAUGCAAGAUGGCCGGCGGUCUGAACAGGAAGCAGUCACAGAGCCACAGGAAGAGCCUGCUCUCUGACUCCGGCCCUGGCCUCCCUGGCUUCUUGUCAGGGUCUAGACAAUGAGCGAGGGAUGGAGGACGAGCGCAGAGAGAAAAGAGGGAGAGAGGAGACUGGACAGAACAGCCCUCCCCCGAGGACUAAGUCUCUUUGCAGCUGCCUGGAAGCUUCUCAACUACGACUUUUUUUUAUCGUCUUUUUUUUUUUCCUCCUCCCGUUGUUGUUGCUGUUCCCGACAGAUUCAGUGGAGGGUCGGACUAAACAACCCCUUCGCCCCACACAUCGUUCACCCUGUGUGUACAUUUUUAACAGAGGUGUCGUGAUGAUCGGUGAACUCUUUAUCCCCCCCCACCCUCUUUUUUUUUUUUUUUUUUUGUGUAUGUAUUGUAUCAUUGUUAUUUUUAUUAUUGUAUUAUUGUUAUUAAUGAUAUUGCUAUGAUCAUUUUAAGAUUAGGUUCUAAUUUCUGUUGUUUCUAAGGGCACAUGAUUAUGAUGAAGUCAGUACAUGUGCACACAAAAUCUGAACUUAUUCGCUGUGUAACACUGCCCCCUGCAGGUGAGAUUUGAUCCAUCAUGGUACUGAUCGGGCCUGUUUUUUAAAAAUGUUUUUCACAGGUUUCUUUAAAAUCGCUAAAUUGUGAACUUGUUCAUUAACUCACACCAGAAGAAGUGGCUCCUCUUUUUUUUUUUUAGUAGCUUCCAUGCAGUGAAAUGCACAGCUCUAUUUAUUUAUGUACUUAAUUUGUCGUAUAAAAUCAUUGUUACUUUUUCUUUCGAAGUGUUAUCCCUGGUCUUUUGUUAACUGCAGAACUAGUAGCAACCGUGUAAAUAUGCAGAUCCUCUCUUUAUCUCCAGCUGACGUCAUCAGACCCGUCUCUCCGAGCCCUAAAGGUGCUGAAUCACAAGUGUCGACCUUCUGUUGUUUUGGUUUUUUUAAACCCCACUCAUGCUGCUUCCACUAACGCUGCCCACUUCGGUCACCGCUCACUCCGGUGUGAACGUACGCUGCAUUUGAUCGUCUCUCUGCUGACUUGUAGUGAACACUCGGAUUGUUUUUCGUUUGCUGAUGAGUCCUGAACACACUGUGAUGUAUGUCUGUGCUUUUUGGGGGGGAAAUUUGCUUUCACACACACAUACAGUCGUGUAGCUUGCAGACGUUUUGUUCUCGUACAUGCGGUGCUCCCCCUUCGUGGUCGCUCCUGGUAAAAGGACUUCUGGCUCUUUGCUGGUCAGAUCCUUGGGUGUUUAGUUUUUUUUAAUGUCGGAGAAAAGCAGGCUGUAACGAGUGGCCUCCCUCCCUUCGCUCAUCUCGUCCCCUCCGUCCUUUCCCCCCCUCUAUCUCACCUUUCCAGCGGGCCAGCGUCAACACAACCACCCACGCUUCACCCCUCUCUAAUUUCAUUUGUACAACUCUUCAUCUUUUCGAUUUUAGUUUCUUCUUGUAAAUACUGUAAAAUGCAUUUUGAUAUCAUUGACAUGUUUUGAUAUUUCAGAUCACAACUUAACAGUGGAUCAGAAAAACUCGCUGAUUCGGGGCAACUUGUGUGUAUUUGUUCAGAGAUGGUUGUGUCUUUUACUCAGAAAUAAUAUGAAUGAUCAGAAACUGGAGCUGCUAUAGACUAUUAUGCUAUUUCACCUCAUCACAAACAGAAACCUGGGGCUUUACUGUGCGUCCGAUCUGUAGCGUCGGGGGAUGUAAGAGGUCGAGGGAGGACGAUUUUUGUAGUCGAGCGUGUGUGAACUCUUCGCUAACUCGCUGUCUCACACAUGCACACAUACACACACGUAAACUCCCCUGCCUCUGUGUUUUGGAAUCCGGUUUCGUUUGUGGCUGCAAAGAAAAACCACAACAGGCAUUUUUUUUUCACCAUUUGACAGAACAGACUAAAAGAGGUAAAUCUUUCGAAAAUGAAACUUGUCCCUUCUUUACCUCCGACGCACUGCAUCUCAGCUUUUACCCUUUGAACACAACCAGGUCACACACAUACAUACAUACAUACAUACAUACAUACAUACACACACACACGCACACACAGGACACUGGCUCUCAAUCCAACACACCAGGGACCAGAGUACAGACUUUACUAUGAAGGAUUUUUUUUUUUUUUAACUAUUUAAAAAUGGGGCGGGAGAAAUGUUCAAGAAAGUAACGAGGAGAAAGAGAAAAAAAAAAUUAUGGACAGAUUUGUUUGCGAAGAAGAGGUAGAGGGAGCGGGAACAGCGGUUCCCUCCCCUGUACUUUGAAAUACUGUUGUAUAAAAAUGCAGUCAAACUUCUCUCUAUCUUUCUGUCCUGUAAGUAAAGCUGUCACAACGUUGAUCAUUUCUGUAUUUCUAUUGUGCUGAUGUAUAAUACUGUAACAUUCAGGGGGAGGGGGGGGAGGGGGUUACCAGAGGAUGUUUUUGGGGUGCGGGAGUAAAAGAUUUUUCCGUUCAAUUCCUCCAAUUAUUUUUUUUUUUCCUCUUGAUGACAAAGCAGUAUUGAAUAUGAGGCAGCCUGUCCUUGGGGAGUUGCUUUGUAUCUCAUGUUAGGGUAGUUUCAGAUCCUAAAUGUCUCGUGUAGUAAAAUAAGAGGUUCCUUCUUCGUAUGUUUCUUUAUAUUGUAAAGUUUCUUUAGAUUAAAAAAAUGUUGCUUAUUGGAAAAAAGGUGGGAAAACUGCAUUGAUAAUAAAUGUGUUAUUAUUUUUUUUUUUGUUUUGUUUUGUUUUAAGUUUCAUCAAGUUGUCAGUCGUUUUUGCCUGUGUCCCCCUUGUUGUAGAUACAUAUUAAAAACAAAUAAAAUGACUUCACUCCUUUUGCCAUGAA